AUGUCUAGCUUCUUCAUUGAGAACAAGAAUGUCGGCAACAAGGCCGACAGCGAGGAUUGGAGGAUCCGUGGCUACAACCCUCUGACCUCCCCCGAUCUCCUCCAGCACGAGAUCGCGCAGACAGCCAACUCCAAGCAGACGGUCCUGACAGGCCGUGAGGAGGCUGUGGCCAUUGUCAAUGACACCGACGAGAAGAAGCGUCUACUGGUCAUCAUUGGCCCCUGCUCCAUCCACGAUCCCGAUGCCGCUCUCGAGUACUGCGAUAUGCUCAUGAAGGCCAAGGAGCAGCACAAGGACGAGCUGUGCAUCGUCAUGCGCUCCUACCUCGAAAAGCCUCGCACGACCGUCGGUUGGAAGGGUCUCAUCAACGAUCCCGAUAUCGACAACAGCUUCAAGAUCAAUAAGGGCCUCAAGCUCUCAAGACAGCUCUUCAUCGACCUGACUGACAAGGGCAUGCCCAUUGCCAGCGAGAUGCUCGACACUAUCUCUCCCCAGUACCUCGCUGAUCUCCUCUCCGUCGGUGCUGUCGGCGCCAGGACAACAGAGAGCCAGCUGCACCGUGAGCUGGCCAGCGGUCUCAGCUUCCCCGUCGGUUUCAAGAAUGGUACGGACGGGUCCCUGGGCGUGGCGAUUGAUGCCAUUGGCGCCGUCCGCCACCCUCAUCACUUCCUCUCGGUCACCAAGCCCGGCGUCGUGGCCAUUGUCGGCACGGUCGGCAACGAGGACUGCUUCGUCAUCCUCAGGGGCGGAACCAGGGGCACCAACUACGAUGCCAAGAGCAUCGCCGAGGCCAAGGCGGCCCUGGAGAAGUCCAACCUGCCGCAGAGGCUGAUGGUUGACUGCAGCCACGGCAACUCGCUGAAGAACCACAAGAAUCAACCCAAGGUCGCCGCGGAUCUCGCCGAGCAGAUCUCCAAGGGCGAGACGGCCAUCAUGGGUGUUAUGAUUGAGAGCAACAUCAACGAGGGCAACCAGAAGGUCCCCAAGGAGGGCAAGGCCGGCCUGAAGUACGGUGUCAGUAUCACGGAUGCUUGUAUUCACUGGGACGAUACUGUCUCUGUUCUCGAUACUCUUGCGAAUGCUGUCAAGCAGAGACGCGAGAUCAUUCAGACGAAGGCUUAG